UAAGUCGUUAGGGUACAACCAGACAGGACGCACUUACUCCGAGCUGCCGCCAUUCGCCUGCCUUGGCGUGUGUGUACCGUUAGUUCAGCUGUCCCGUGCAGAGAGGCAAAUAAGCGGGGAAGCCCCGACAUCGAACCGAAAUCGAAAUCGAAUCAUAGCCAAAGUCAAAGUCAGAGUAUCGCUCAGUAUCGAGGUGCAUAGAAACUUGCUGGUUAGUGCGUGAAGAAACUGCCAAAACAACAACCAAAAAAAAAGAAACGAAAAAACGAAAAUAAAUACUCCAAUUCCCUCUGUGGCAGCUCCCGCGCGUCCAAGUGUGUGUAAGUGUCGUCUGUGCGUGUGUGCGUGCGUUUUCCCAAAAAAACUUCAGAUCGAGUGUGUUCAUCAACAACAAAUAAAGUAAAUAAAAAAAUUAAAACAAAAUUGAAUAAAAUUCCAAACGACAUAACAGAAAGUCGCAUUAAAUCAUAGCCAAUUAAAAAUGUUUGCUUAAACGAACCAAGAUAAAAAUCCAAUUUAAAUAAAAGUUUUUCGUUAUAUUCACCACAUAAAGGCAAUAUGCAAGUAUUAAACAAAAAAACACUCAGAAAAUGUUAAACAAAAUUAAAUGAAUGCAAAUUAAAAAGCACGAGGAAAAGCCAAAAUAAAUAACAACAGCAACAAUGUGUUCAUAACUAUUAAAAACGGAAAAUUAAAACAAAAAAAGCAGUGGCUUAAAUUAACGCAUUAUGCUAAAUCGAAACCAAACUCAUCUGAAUCUCUACUCUCGCAUCCAUGUUUCUGCAUCCGCACCCGUAUCCGCAUUCGUAUUCGCAUCCGCACCUGUAUCUGUAGCCGAAUCAGUAUCGUUGCAUCUGCUGAGCGAAUGAGACGAAGCAGCAAACAUGCCAGCUAAAUUCCAAUUCAAAAACCCAGAAUCAAUACUUCAAUCAGUCUGGCAAGCAAGCAAUCAAGCAAUUCCAUCAUCAAUCUCGCAACUGCCAUCAACUCAUCAGCAAUAACAACUGCAACCAGCACUGCAACAACUGUCCCAACACAAAUGCGACUAACUAAAUGCAUCCAACUAAAGCAAAUAAACUUAAAUAAUUCCAAACCAUAAUCCUAAAAAAGAAAAUUCAAAACCAAAACCAAAUACCACUCGAAGGCGAACGAAGCGAGCGAGUUAAAUACAAUUUUCAUAUUAAUUAUGGAACAUUCAUCAACAAUUUCGUUGUGUUUGUUCCAUUGUAAAAGCAAAAAGGUCGCCGAUUGUUUGCAGCUGCAGCAACAACGACCACUGCAACAAUCAGCAACAACUCUCGCCGCAGCAGGAACAAAAUCAACCAGAAGACCAACAACAUCCGCAACACAGCAGCAACUUCUUAAACAGCAGCAACUCCAAGCUUCAUUUCGGCAAAAUUGCUGGCUAACAUCUUACAACUGAACGAAACAACGAUACUAAGCUGUACUACAAGAUAUAAGGAUCAACAACAAAAAUAAAAUCAACCAGAAAAACAACAACUGCUACCUAAGGUUUCUCAAAAUCCAACAAAAAACAAAAAAUAACAAACUCAAAUAGAAAAUGAAAACCAUAUAAGCGACCCAGAAAAAAGUGCAAAUUAUGUAAAUUAUUUCAAAAGGAAAAACGCAAAGGGAAAACCGAAGAGCAAACGAAAGAGAAUUAGUCAAAUAAAAGCGAACGGAAAAACAAUAUCUGUGACCAGGCGAAGACCGGAAAUUAAAUCUGCAACGCGGAACCAAAGUGGAAGAGGAAGCACAGCCACAACCACAACCGCAACCGCAGCAAAAUCCGAAGAAAGUCGACGGCAAACGCGUGCCAAAUAUUUGCUAGAAAAAUACCAGAAUAAAAUAAUAAUCAAAGGCGCUUCCUUGAAAAAAAAACAAAGCAAAAAUAGUAGAAUUGAGAAAUUCUAGUUGCUUUUGAGAUAGCCUAAGUGUCCCAUGACAGCUGCAUUGCGCUGAGAAGGUGUGGGCAGGAGUACGGACUGCUGGGAGACCAUCUCUCGUCCAUUGUUGAACUCUGACCCACACGACGGCGCAUUGUCUCCGGACCAUUGUGCUAAUCAUCGCUAGUUGGGAGCACUGGCCAACUAUUUAGCCAAGGUGACGAGGCGGGGACAGCCAACCACUUCAAGGCAGCUCAACCACACCAAGGAGCACUGUGAAAGGAGGCGGCGGAUCGGGAACGGGAACAGGAGGAACAGGAGGACCAGGAGCCGUAGUCGAAGCAGGACCAGAAGCAGCAGAAGGAGCAGCAGGGGCGGGGUGGUAGCCAUUCAACCCGAGAGCCACGCGAUACAAACAAGCCAAGGACAUGGACUCCCCGCUGCCAGCGUCGCUGUCGCUGUUUGUCCUGUUGAUCUUUCUGGCGAUAAUUAAAGAAAGCUGUCAAGGACCUCAUGAAAAGCGCCUGCUGAACCACCUGCUGUCCACCUACAACACGCUGGAGCGACCCGUGGCCAACGAAUCGGAGCCCCUGGAGGUGAAAUUUGGACUGACGCUGCAGCAGAUCAUCGACGUGGACGAGAAGAAUCAGCUUCUCAUAACGAAUCUUUGGCUUUCGUUGGAGUGGAACGACUACAAUCUGCGCUGGAAUGAAACGGAAUACGGCGGAGUCAAGGACCUCCGAAUCACGCCCAACAAGCUGUGGAAGCCCGACGUGCUCAUGUACAACAGCGCGGAUGAGGGAUUCGAUGGCACGUAUCACACCAACAUUGUGGUCAAACAUAACGGCAGUUGUCUGUACGUGCCCCCUGGUAUCUUCAAGAGCACAUGCAAGAUAGACAUCACGUGGUUCCCAUUUGAUGACCAACAUUGCGAAAUGAAAUUCGGUAGUUGGACUUACGAUGGAAAUCAGUUGGAUUUGGUUUUGAAUUCCGAAGAUGGAGGGGAUCUUUCCGAUUUCAUAACAAAUGGCGAGUGGUACUUGCUUGCCAUGCCGGGAAAGAAGAAUACGAUAGUCUACGCCUGCUGCCCAGAACCAUAUGUCGAUAUCACCUUUACUAUACAAAUACGUCGCCGUACAUUAUAUUAUUUUUUCAAUUUAAUCGUGCCAUGUGUGCUAAUCUCAUCGAUGGCCCUCCUGGGCUUCACAUUGCCGCCGGAUUCGGGCGAGAAACUGACGCUGGGCGUAACUAUACUACUAUCAUUAACAGUAUUUCUAAACCUUGUCGCCGAGUCCAUGCCGACAACGUCGGAUGCUGUUCCUCUUAUAGGAGUUACAAUUCUUCUAUCGCUCACAGUGUUUCUCAACCUUGUAGCUGAGACAUUGCCCCAAGUAUCUGAUGCAAUCCCCUUGUUAGGCACCUACUUCAAUUGCAUCAUGUUCAUGGUCGCAUCGUCGGUGGUGCUGACAGUAGUGGUGCUCAACUACCACCAUCGCACAGCGGACAUUCACGAGAUGCCACCGUGGAUCAAGUCCGUUUUCCUACAAUGGCUGCCCUGGAUCUUGCGAAUGGGUCGACCUGGCCGCAAGAUCACACGCAAAACAAUACUACUAAGCAAUCGCAUGAAGGAGCUGGAGCUGAAGGAGCGCUCCUCCAAGUCCCUGUUGGCCAAUGUCCUCGACAUCGACGACGACUUUCGGCACACAAUAUCCGGCUCCCAGACCGCCAUCGGUUCAUCGGCCAGCUUCGGUCGGCCCACAACGGUGGAGGAGCACCACACGGCCAUCGGCUGCAAUCACAAAGAUCUUCACCUGAUUCUCAAAGAAUUGCAAUUUAUUACGGCGCGCAUGCGCAAAGCCGACGACGAAGCGGAAUUGAUCGGCGAUUGGAAGUUCGCGGCAAUGGUUGUGGAUAGAUUUUGUUUAAUUGUUUUCACGCUCUUCACGAUUAUUGCAACGGUUACCGUGCUGCUCUCGGCUCCGCACAUAAUCGUGCAAUAAGGACGCUCGAAUUAGGUCAUUAAGCUACGGAUACGUCGGAAGCAGACGACUAGUUAAGUUCUUUUUCAAAAACCAAAAACUAGCAAAGCUGCUUCGAAGCAAAGCAAACAAAAACAAACAAGAAAAGAAAACUACAAAAAAAUAAUAAAAAAUACAAAAUUGUUAAUUACAUUUUUAAGUAAAGACAAAGAGCAAAGAGAAAAUGUUGCAAGAAAAAAAAAAAUAAACCUAACAAAAUCAUGUACUAAAAAAUAUUUUAUGGACAAACCAAACAAAAAAGCAAAAAUUACUGCCGUACAAGAACCGAAAAAGUGUUAAGUAAGCUACACACGCACACAAAAUUAUAAGAGUUAAGCAAACAACCAGAAAGAAACAACAAUUUGGUUAAGGAUAGCCAAAAAAAAUUGGUGCAGCAGGACGAAAAGGACAACAAGGAAACAUCGCGGGACAGGACACUCAAAGGUUACAUGUGUACACCCACUGACACAGACACACUCACAUACAUCUAGGUAAUUGUAUGUACAAUAACGGAGUUAUAAGUUAAUUAAUAUGCUGAGUUGUUAUAAUUUAUGUAAGGUGAACGGACGACAGACACACACACACAUGGACACACAGACACAGAUACGGAUACACCUAAGAUAUAUGAUAUAUGUAUAAGAUAUUGUUCCUAUGAGACAUUAGAUAUGUAUUUAAAAUGGCAACACACUCACGUACAGAGACACACACACACACACACACACACCGACACUGAAGCACUUAAUUGACAAAUGCAAAAACAAGGGAAUGAAACCAUUUAUUCGUAGGAAAGGACGAAAACAGGAUAGGCACUUAAGGACAGUGGGUUGAGUGGGUACAAGUUAUGGUCUGAUGACCCUUUGUUGUUUUGUUGUCUGCAUUUUUGAGCUCUAAUAUUUCCGCUUUCGGUUUUCAUUUCGGGAUCACGUGGACCAACACUAUUUUGUUUGAUUUCCUUCAUUCCAGUUUGCAAACAAAAUAUGAUCCCAGUGAAGAAACCCUUGCGAAAUCCCAUUUGAGUACAUAACUCACUUUCAUUUUACUUGUCUUGUAAUUUAACUUGUUCGUCUUUUGGAACGCUUUUGGAGAGAUAUUUGCAAGAUAGCUGAUUGUAAAUGGUAACAAACUGACACAUAAUUAUGGAUAUUAACAAAGGUCUAUAUAUACAUACAUAUACUCAUAGUGAAUUGAAUUAAUUUUUAAAAGACGCAUUCACGAACACGGAAAGGGGAGGGAGGCAUGUUCGGUGAACAUCAUGUUUUUAGAAAAUUUAUUGUUGAAAUAUUGUAGCGAAUUGAGUAAGCAUUAAGGGCGAAUGAAACCGAGUUAUAGUCACCAAUUAAUUAGUCAAAGUAAUAAUAAAUGGAAAUUGAAAACCAGAGAUCCCAAAAACCGAAAAACCGAACUAGCAAUACAAGAUCAACAGGUGUAUAUAUAUUUUAUGACACAUAUAUCACCGCAUAUAUACAUACACAUAUAUAUAUGGAUAUAUUUUUAAUAAAACAAUACGGAAUCGAGCAAAACUAAAGACACUAAGCAGAAGAAGCUAAGCAGCGCAAGAACAGAAACCCACUAUCAAAUAAUAAAACCAAAAAACCAACCAACCGAUCCCAAACAAUGCCACUCGAAAUCACAAGAAUAAAUCACAAUUUUGUUGGAAAUUUCGCAUAGUUUUCGGAUGAGUUCACCCUGUCUAUAUCUAUGUACUUACGUAUAUCCCUGUGUAUUCCUAGAAACGAGCUUCGAAUUUUGUCUACUUUACUCUGCUCUCCCCCGAAAAAUAAAAACAUAAAGCAAAACAGUGAUAUUUAUGGUAUAGCCCCCAAAAAAGACGAACUCAAACACUCUUUCCGGAACCCACCUAAGAAACCAAAAACCAAAAUCAAUGAAAAACCUACCUCCUUGUCGAAUGAGAAUGAUAAUGAUCGAAGGACGAUGAAGCAUAGAAACACUGCCGAGUUAAUCGCACUCCUCUGACCCCUUGCAAAAAAAGUGAACCCAUUUUCUUAUUUAUUUUAGUCCUGCCAAAGAGAAUUUCUAACAGAAUUGUGUGACGAGCAACCACUUUUGAUAGCCAGACGUAAAGUUUACUUAACGGAUAAACCAGAUCGGCCCUAUACUCGUACAUAGCUAAUAUGCCCGAUGUCAAAAUUUCAGAAUGUCAGAUUGUCAGAGGGAAACCAAUCGAGUGCUGAAUGCUGAAUCCACUGAAGGAACUGCAGAUCAGAUCUAAGCGUUUAAGGUGUAUACACUCACUUUGUAUGGUUUAUUUGCAUUUAGGUACAUUUAAAUUUAGAUUUGAUAUGAGACGACUUUUACUUGCGCCCAGAGCGAUGGGUAAUCCUACCGAAAACUGCUCUGUCCCCAUGAGGUUGUUGUUUUUCGAGGUGCGAAUUCCAAUUGAAAUUGAGAUCUUGAGUUGAAGUAUGAGAAUCGGAAUCAGAAUUAGAUGUGAAGAGGUAGAGUUGCGGAAGGUGUGUGCAUUUUAAAUUUAAUUUUUUUUUAUAAUUAAUUUAGUGCUAAUCUUUGAGCAGCUAGGCGCAUAAUUAGAACUACGUACGUAUAUGUGUAUGGAUGUCUUUUUGAUAAAAAGAAGCUGUUUUAAGAAGCAAACCAUUUUCUACACUCUUUAAAAGAUUGAACUCUACAUGUACGAGAUUAUGUAUAAUACAAGUAAUAAUAAUUUAGCGUUAACUAGGCAAUUAUAAAAUGCGGUGACCUGCAAAAGGAGCCAUAAACUAAGCGUCCUACAUUAGGAGAGGUCGACCUUCGACCUAAGCGAUUACCAGAAAUAAAGUUAAAAAGUUGGUGCAGUUGCGAGGGAAGGCAAAAACUAAAAAAAACGAUAAACGAAUUUAAAAUUGAUAAUGAACAUGAAAUUACCACGAAACCAAACUUGUAGUGAAGCCAAGUGCUUUUUCAUUUGAAAACUCUACUACUCACUUACGACUUACCUACUUUGCAAGUAUUAACUAAUUUCCUCUGAUCAGAGUUACACGCAAUCGCGAAAUGCAAAAAGCUAAUUACAAAACGGUUGGUACACGCCCAAAACACACACACAGUCAGACAAUGGAAAAUGACAAAUGAAAAAUGAAAGCAUUCGAAUUGUUCGUAUUACAAACAAAAAACAAAAAAAUAAAGAAACCAGCAAACCGAAGAGUUCGAAUUUCGUUUCAAUUGCACUCCGCAUGUUCUCCAAUACCCCAGGGCAAUUAAACAGAGUUCAACAAUAAAUAGAGCAUUAAAAAACCGAUUCGAGACACUUUUUUAAACAAGGCAAAUAUAUUUAAAAUUAGCAUUUAACUAAAUGACAAGAAAAACGUAGUCUAUAAACUGCGAAUGUUUAGCACUAAACUGACCCGAGCAGAAUUCUGCCAGCCAACCCGAAUCCAAAUCCAAGCCUCCACCUGUGUCCCAAGUCUAACUACCACAUCAAUUUAAAUAGCUAAUUGCAUAAUUAUUAAACCGUUACUGAAUUUCUGUCGAUUGCCAAUCGCGAAAAAGAAAAACAUAAAAUCUUCCCAAAAAUUAUGCAUGUAAAAAAGGAAAUGGCUAAGAAAAAAAACCAAAAAAUUAGCAAGAAGUCUGUUGUCGAUAAGAAUUAUUGGCAGACAAAUAACUUUCGUCACAUUGACGAUAAUAACUAAUUUUAAGCGAAAAACAAAGGAAUUAAUUGAUUUAAAUAAUAAACAAAUUAAUAUUAAAAAUCGAGAGACAUGAUUGCAACAAAAACACAAAAACUGAAUAAAUAUUUAUUUUGAAAAGAGAA